AUGAAAAAGAAACUUGAAGAAUCAAUAAGUUAUAUUCGUUCAUUACCCCCAGAUAAAAUUUUAUUAAAAGUCCUCAAUACCCUCGCUGACAGAGCGGAAAAGGCUCUUAAUGCCUGGAAAAACUAUGAAAGAAAAAUCGUCUAUUUCUCGCAAAUACAAAAUUCUUGGGUGUUAUGA